GCGGAGCCCGCAGGGUCUUGGGCGUCGGUCGCCGGCGGUGCCCGAGCCGGGCACGGAACCCCAGACCGGACAGACGCCCAGUGGCAGCAGAAUGAGUGCAGAGGCAAGUGCCCGGCCUCUGCGGGUAGGGUCCCGUGUGGAGGUGAUUGGAAAGGGCCACAGAGGAACUGUGGCUUAUGUUGGGGCCACACUCUUUGCCACUGGCAAAUGGGUAGGCGUUAUUCUGGAUGAAGCAAAAGGCAAGAAUGAUGGAACUGUCCAAGGCAGGAAGUAUUUUACUUGUGAUGAAGGUCAUGGCAUCUUUGUGCGCCAGUCCCAGAUCCAGGUAUUUGAAGAUGGAGCAGAUACUACUUCUCCAGAGACACCUGAUUCUUCUGCCUCAAAGGUUCUCAAAAGAGAGGGAGCUGAUACAGCGGCAAAGGCCAGCAAACUGCCCACUCGCCCAGCCAGUACUGGAGGGCCUGGAGCCAGUAGCUCCUUGGGGCCCUCUGGUUCAGCAUCAGCAGGUGAACUGAGCAGCAGUGAGCCCAGCACCCCAGCUCAGACUCCACUGGCAGCACCCAUCAUCCCCACACCAGCCCUCACUUCUCCUGGAGCAGCACCACCACUUCCUUCCCCCUCCAAGGAGGAGGAGGGGUUGAGGGCUCAGGUACGGGACCUGGAGGAGAAACUGGAGACUCUGCGGCUGAAGCGGGCAGAAGACAAGGCAAAGUUAAAAGAGCUGGAGAAACACAAGAUCCAACUGGAGCAGGUGCAGGAAUGGAAGAGCAAAAUGCAAGAGCAGCAGGCAGACCUUCAGCGUCGCCUAAAGGAGGCACGGAAGGAAGCCAAAGAGGCUCUGGAGGCAAAGGAGAGAUACAUGGAAGAGAUGGCAGACACUGCUGAUGCCAUUGAGAUGGCCACUCUAGACAAGGAGAUGGCUGAAGAGAGGGCAGAGUCUCUGCAGCAGGAGGUGGAGGCCCUGAAGGAACGUGUGGACGAACUUACCACAGACUUGGAGAUACUCAAGGCUGAAAUUGAGGAAAAGGGUUCAGAUGGAGCUGCAUCCAGUUACCAGCUCAAGCAGCUUGAGGAGCAGAAUGCUCGCCUGAAGGAUGCCUUGGUGAGAAUGCGGGAUCUUUCUUCCUCAGAGAAGCAGGAGCACGUGAAGCUCCAGAAGCUCAUGGAAAAAAAGAACCAAGAGUUGGAAGUUGUGAGACAACAGAGAGAACGCCUUCAGGAAGAGCUGAGCCAGGCAGAGAGCACCAUUGAUGAGCUCAAGGAACAGGUUGAUGCUGCUCUGGGUGCUGAAGAGAUGGUAGAGAUGCUGACCGACCGGAACCUGAAUCUGGAAGAGAAAGUGCGGGAGUUACGAGAGACUGUGGGCGACUUGGAAGCAAUGAAUGAGAUGAAUGAUGAGCUACAGGAAAAUGCACGUGAGACAGAACUGGAGUUGCGAGAGCAGCUGGAUAUGGCAGGUGCCCGGGUGCGGGAGGCCCAGAAGCGUGUAGAGGCAGCUCAGGAGACAGUUGCAGAUUACCAGCAAACCAUCAAGAAGUACCGCCAGCUGACUGCUCACCUACAGGAUGUUAAUCGGGAACUGACAAACCAGCAGGAAGCAUCUGUGGAGAGACAGCAACAGCCACCUCCAGAAACUUUUGACUUCAAAAUCAAGUUUGCUGAGACUAAGGCCCAUGCCAAGGCUAUUGAGAUGGAAUUAAGACAGAUGGAAGUGGCACAGGCCAACCGACACAUGUCCCUGCUGACAGCCUUCAUGCCUGACAGCUUCCUUCGGCCAGGAGGGGACCAUGAUUGUGUCCUGGUGCUACUGCUCAUGCCUCGUCUCAUUUGCAAGGCAGAACUGAUUCGGAAGCAGGCCCAAGAGAAGUUUGAACUAAGUGAGAACUGUUCAGAGAGGCCUGGGCUGCGAGGAGCUGCAGGGGAGCAGCUCAGCUUUGCUGCUGGGCUGGUAUAUUCACUGAGUCUGCUGCAGGCCACACUGCAUCGUUAUGAGCAUGCCCUCUCUCAGUGCAAUGUGGAUGUGUAUAAGAAGGUGGGCAGCCUCUACCCUGAGAUGAGUGCCCAUGAGCGCUCCUUAGAUUUCCUCAUUGAGUUGCUACACAAGGAUCAGCUGGAUGAGACUGUCAAUGUGGAACCUCUCACCAAGGCUAUCAAGUACUACCAGCAUCUUUAUAGCAUCCACCUUGCCGAACAGCUAGAAGACUGUACCAUGCAGCUGGCCGACCACAUUAAGUUCACCCAGAGUGCUCUGGACUGCAUGAGUGUGGAAGUGGGGCGGCUGCGUGCCUUUUUACAGAGUGGGCAAGAGGCUACAGAUAUUGCUCUUCUACUCCGGGACCUGGAAACAUCAUGUAGUGACAUCCGCCAGUUCUGCAAGAAGAUCCGAAGGCGAAUGCCAGGAACAGAUGCUCCUGGGAUCCCAGCUGCUCUGGCUUUUGGACCACAGGUAUCCGACACACUCCUAGACUGCAGAAAACACUUGACAUGGGUGGUGGCUGUACUGCAAGAGGUGGCAGCUGCCGCUGCCCAGCUCAUUGCCCCACUGGCAGAGAAUGAGGGGCUACUUGUGGCUGCACUGGAGGAACUGGCUUUCAAAGCAAGCGAGCAGAUCUAUGGGAGCCCCUCCAGCAGCCCCUAUGAGUGUCUGCGCCAGUCAUGCAACAUCCUCAUCAGCACUAUGAACAAGCUGGCCACAGCCAUGCAGGAAGGGGAGUAUGAUGCAGAGCGGCCCCCCAGCAAGCCUCCUCCUGUUGAACUUCGGGCUGCAGCCCUUCGUGCAGAGAUCACAGAUGCUGAAGGCCUAGGUUUGAAGCUUGAGGAUCGAGAGACAGUUAUUAAAGAAUUGAAGAAGUCACUUAAGAUUAAGGGAGAGGAGCUGAGUGAGGCCAAUGUGCGACUGAGCCUCCUAGAGAAGAAACUGGACAGUGCUGCCAAGGAUGCAGAUGAACGCAUUGAGAAAGUCCAGACACGGCUGGAGGAGACCCAGGCACUGCUGCGGAAGAAAGAGAAAGAGUUUGAAGAGACCAUGGAUGCGCUCCAGGCUGACAUUGACCAGCUAGAAGCAGAGAAGGCAGAGCUAAAGCUGCGGCUAAACAGCCAGUCCAAACGCACAAUCGAGGGGCUCCGGGGGCCUCCUCCUUCAGGCAUUGCUACCCUGGUCUCUGGCAUUGCUGGUGGGGGCGCUCCUGGGCAGGCUCCAGGUUCCUUGCCAGGCCCAGGGCUGGUGAAGGAUUCACCCCUACUGCUUCAGCAGAUCUCUGCUAUGAGGCUGCACAUCUCUCAGCUUCAGCAUGAGAACAGCAUGCUUAAGGGAUCCCAGAUGAAGGCAUCCUUGGCAGCUUUGCCCCCUCUGCAUGUUGCAAAGCUUUCCCUCCCACCCCAUGAGGGCCCUAGCAGUGAGCUAGCAGCUGGAGCACUGUAUCGCAAGACCAGCCAGCUUCUGGAGACAUUAAAUCAACUGAGUACACAUACUCACGUAGUAGAUAUCACUCGCACCAGCCCUGCUGCCAAGAGCCCAUCGGCUCAGCUUAUGGAACAAGUGGCUCAGCUCAAGGCCCUGAGUGACACCAUUGAGAAGCUCAAGGAUGAAGUCCUUAAGGAGACAGUAACUCAACGCCCUGGAGCCACCGUCCCCACUGACUUUGCCACCUUCCCUUCUUCUGCCUUCCUUAGGGCCAAGGAAGAGCAGCAAGAUGAUACAGUCUACAUGGGCAAAGUGACCUUCUCCUGUGCAGCUGGCCUUGGACAGCGACACCGGCUGGUGCUGACCCAGGAGCAGCUGCACCAGCUACACAGUCGCCUCAUCUCUUAAGCACUCCUCCCUUCCCUGCUGCCUGUUCAGCCCUCAAAUCACCCUGCCCCUGUACUGCUCUGCCCGAUGCACAGCCCCCAGCCAACCUCAGCCAACCCCCAGGUAGAACCAUGUGAAUUAAGCUCUUCCCGCUCCAUUCAGCUCUGCUCCAAUCCUGUCAAUCUCCUGCUCCUGCCCUUCACAUGGGUUUCCCCACUCUCAUCCCUUACCUCUUCCAUAAUUAGCUGUUCAGCUGCUCCCUCUUUCCAGAGGGGGCCUCAGGGCAUGUGGGGGGGUGUAGGCUGAGACCCCACCACCAAAGGUUGAGUGAGGUCCCCCUGAUUGAGGACUUCACCCCUGAUUAAAGCAACUUUUGCUUCAGUG